CGGCCCUUAAGGGUAUGUAAGUGAGAUUCAGUCCUUCUGUCCUGAGGACUCUGGAUACCUUGGGCAGAGAUCAAUCCCAGUGUGGGCUGAUGUCUUUGUGAAUUACUCCUGCUAGAAAAGCAAAUAACCUGCGCAGAACAAAGAGCAACUAUGGGCAAUAUAGCUCUAAAGGAUUAUGUACAGACAGAAUUUGAAGACUUAAGGAGAGAUUUGAAUGAAGGCAGUAUCCCCAAAGUGGCAGCUGAUUAUCAAGAAUGUUUAAAUCAAAUGCAAAAUCUGCCACUUCAUAUUGCAGUUACCGGACAGGCAGGUGCCGGUAAAUCAUCCUUUGUCAACGCCUUCCGUGGUGUAAGUGAUGAUGAUGAAGAGGCAGCCAAGGUCGCAGUAGGAGAAGGAACGAACAUGCCAAUGGCAUACCCUCACCCCUCUUUUCCUAAUAUAAAAAUAUGGGACCUGCCGGGGAUCGGAACAUGUGGUUUUAAAGCAGCAGAAUAUCUGAAGAAGGUCCAGUUUGAAAGAUAUGAUGUCUUUAUCGUUGUCACCGCUGACCGCUUCACUGAAAACGAUGCUUUGCUGGCAAAGGAAAUACAAAGAAUGAGAAAGAAGUUUUACUACGUGCGUACCAAAGUAGAUGUCAGUAUCGACGGUGAAAGGAGGAGAAGGAAUUUCAAUUUGGAGGAAACCCUGGGGACCAUGAGGAAAUAUUGUGAAGGAAGUUGGAGACGGGUAGGUGAGCUUCCUGCAAGAGUAUUUCUGAUAUCCAAGUGGCAGGUACACAUGUAUGAUUUCCCUCUCCUGCAAGAGAGAAUGGCCGCUGAACUUCCUGACCACAAGAAGCAUAUUUUAACACUGGCUGUGCAGAUUUUCUCAGAAGAGAAUUUGAUGAUGAAAAAAGCUGAAAUGAAAUCUUAUAUAAAGAAGGUAGCAUGGGUAUCUUGUGCUUGUGGAGCACUGCCUGUUCCAGGUAGCUCUAUAGCUUGUGAUGUUGCCAUUCUGCUGGAUGCCCUGAAAUGUUUCCGCAAGGUAUUCGGCUUAGACGAGAGGUCCCUCCAUUUUCUGGCCCUUCAGACAGGAAAAGGUUUUACAGAGCUGAGGUCAGCUAUCCAGGAAAGCCCAUUAGCCGAUACAAUCAGUAUAGAUUUUGUAACUUCUCUCUUGCUGAGGUCUGCUGUUUAUGUAUCGGUGGCGGGUGUGGAACUGCUGCUUUAUUCUAUACCUCUUCUGGGGAGUCUGUUUGGGGGAGCGAGUUCAUUUGCUACCACGUAUUAUUUUCUGAACGACUAUCUUGAGAAAGCUGUGGAAGAUGCCCGAAGAGUUCACAAAAUGUUUCUUAAGUGAUCAGAGCCCCAGCGAAAGAUCCAAGGCACACCCCAUCCCUUGAAGGAGGCAGCCAAGCAUUUCAUCCAAAUGAGAGCAGGAGGUCGGGAAGAAUAAUAUCUUUCAAUGCCUUAUUAGAAUUCCUUGCUCCAAUUAGCUAUUUUCUUUCUUCUUUUAAUAAUUCUCCGAUUGAAGAAUGUGCUUGAUCACCCUAAGGGCAAAUAAGUAUCUCUGUCUGCAGAUGUUUCCAUGAGGGCUGAUUCAACGUGCUUCAUCUUGUUAAAUGCUGCAAAUAAUAAGCAGAAUCUGAGCUGUUUGGAGGCCAUACUUCCAGUGCGGAAAUC